UGGCAUCUCCAACUAGAAAAAAGUUUGCGGACCAACCUCGAAGAGUCCAAAGCACAAGAGAUAUCAAAUCUGCAGAAUUCAUUACAGGAGAUGCAGGGUAAACGUGAUGAAACCAAUGCUCUGCAGGGUAAACUUGAUGAAACCAAUGCUCUGCUUGUCAAGGAGCGAGAGAAUGUAGAGAAGGUUAUCAUCGAAGCAACUCCGGUUAUCCAAGAAAAGGAGGUUAUUGCUGAAGACACUGCAAAGAUUGAUGCACUAACAGUGGAAGUUGAGAGGCUAAAGGGACCCAGAAUUUGGAUGGUGAAGAAUCCGAAGAUGCAUCACUUCUACUUUCUUUAGCUAAGGCAUGACUUCUUUAAUAUUGAUGGUUAUUUCUAGUUUAUUAACUUAUUAUUUUAUUGUCAAACUUUUUUUUUGGGAGACUAAAUUGUGAAUGUGUUGAGAUGCUAAUUGUCCUUGCUAUUUGAUUUAGGUUUUGCAUUAACUAUCCUUGAUUCUGGGGGAUGGGGGGUUCUUAAUCCUUUUUCAUUUAUAUCAGUUUCAUUUUGUGAAAAACUAAAGUAGACAACUAACUGAGACUUGGGCUAGAUGCUUUACUGUGAAUUCUUAUCCAGAUAUGUAUUACAGGUUUAGACACAAUAGACAAUACUAGUAAUAGUUGAAAAGUACAAAUUGGGAAAAGUUCAAAUUGUUUAACUAAAUACAAAGCUAAUAGAUAAGAUACUCGUGUUUAUAUGCCUAGGUGCGACGAGAAAUCCCUUGAGAAUUCAUUUUGCAAAUGUGCUAUGGUCACUGGCGGAUAUAAAAUAACAAAGUCACUUGAUCCCGUUGCUGCAAGUCUCAGUAGUGAUGCUUUGGCUAAAAUUAUUUAUUCAAGGCUUUUUGACUGGUCAUUUCUCUCUGUUAUAUGUUCUUUCUUUUAGGAGAUAUGC